AUGCUUGUGCAUGUUCUGCUGGUGAUAUGCACGUUAUUCGGCGUCACUCAAGGUGUUAGUAAUCGAUGUCGCUAUCGAGAGAGUCGCGUUACGGAACAAGUGAUCAUAAGAAGGAGAGUCUGUAGCCCAAAACUCUCACAGGUUGGCGAGGAGUACUGGACGUCUGUGGGUUACGAUGGCAAGCUGAGACACGGGCGCGAGAUCAGUGAUUUCCUGACGCUUCCACAGAAUGGCGACGCAGGAGUUCGCGAUGGAUGGGUAGCCUACUGGAUAACGAAGAGUCGGUACGGCCGUGGUCUACACUACGAGGCGUUCGGACACGCAUUCCUACGCCAGGACGGACGGGUUUGUGCGUGGUUCGCUGGAAGAGAUCGUGAUGCCGUCGAACUCUGCGAGGGAUUUCGUGUGCUCUCAAGGAACAAGAACAAUCCGAAUGAAGAAAUGCCGUUCGAAUGGAUACAAGCAGGCUACGCACGACCUCGAGAGACGCUUGGCUUCCACCACCACCGAAUCGCCAAGUACGAAUACACUCCAGCUGAUAUCUUCUUCGGUGACGCUCACCUACGUAGCGGUACUUUCCGUGGUGUUUCGCCAACUUCUCGGUUUUACAUGGAGAUGACGAAGCCGGACUUGUUCGCACAGAAGGUGUGGGUGUUACGACGUAAGCCUGAAAGUGUGAGAGAUCUUGGUGGUGGCUUACGACCAGAAUGGCAGUCACAUCAGAAUGGACAAAGGCACGGACACAUAGAAAGUGAGAGGAGUGCUGAACCUGCCUGGUCGUCAGGUGCAGUGAGGGAGCAAUACAGUGGCCAACCUUCGGACAGUCGACUUCAGUCACAUAGUGAAUAUCCAUCGAAUAGUGAACCGGAUCGGAUGGAUCCAAACGCUAUACAUGAAGUUCAACGUGAAAGGGAUCAGGCAGAUCCAAACGUUAUACGUGAUGUCCAACCUGAAUCGGACCAGAUAGAUCCAAAUGCCAUUCAUGAGGUUCAUCGCCCUCCACCUGAAUGGGUAACCAGAACGAAACCUCGGACGAAAUCGACAGAAGUUCACGAUGAUGCCGGUCUUCAAUCCAGAAAUCACGUUCGUUUUCGUUAUGUAAGACCGGAAGUGGUGAAGACAGAUCAGUACGGCAAACCUUAUAAGCCGCCUGCAAGCGAACGUGACUAUGAGAGCCGAAGAAAAGCUCACAAUGAAGAAUAUCUAAGGCAACUGGACCAGAGGAGAGUGAGUAUUCAAGCGAUUGAAAAUGAAUUUGAUUAG